UUAAGCAUCACCAAAACAAUUUAACAAGAAUUAUAUAAAGUCAGGUAAAAAGAUUGUUAUCUACGAGAUUAUCAUAUAUAUAAAUACACCUUGAUAUAUUCAUCCAUCAGUUCAUUUGUAUAUUUUCGAUUCUAUCCUGGAAGAAGCUUUAGAGGCGAACGAUUCAGCCUAUCAAAUGACACUUGUGUAAAAUUCUUUCGCAUCAGAUGCUUCACCAAUGUUUAUCAUCUGCUAAAGACUAAAAGAUGUUACACAGAACAGAUGUAACCCAGAUUUUAUUAAUCUGUGGUGAAUUAGAGAAAAUAUUUCUUUCAAACUGAGAUUAACAAAAACUUUUUUCUUCCGGAAUAUGUAGAUGACGAUUUUGUAAAACUGAUUAAACUUGGAUAAUUUUGUAAAGGUGUUUACAACCAUCAUAUAUAUAUAUAUAUAUAUAUAUAUAUAUGUAUCAAUGGAAAUAUAUCAGUAGAACAACUUCCAUCACUAUGGGAAUAUAUAGAAGAGGAAACAAGAAAAACAUAUUUUGAUGAGGGAACAAUUUUACAUAAGGUGUUCUGUGACAAACUUUUUUUUUUAUUCCCUAAAGACAUGCCAAAAGAGAUAGUGAAAUCAUACCAUUGUGAUAUCUGUAAAAAGUCAUUCUCCGAAAAGGGAAACCUUAUCAUACACAAAUAUACACAUACAGGAGAAAAACCAUAUCGCUGUGAUAUCUGUGAGAAAUCAUUCUCUGCACUUGGUAACUUAACUACUCAUAAACACAUUCAUACAGGAGAGAAACCAUAUCAGUGUGAUAUCUGUGGGGAAUCUUUCUCUAGAGGAAAUACCUUAACUAUACACAAACGUACUCAUACAGGAGAGAAGCCAUAUCACUGUGAUGUCUGUGGUAAAUCUUUUUCUCAAAGAGGCCACUUAAUUCGCCACACACAUGUUCACUCAGGAGAGAAACCAUAUCAUUGUGAUAUCUGUAGUAAAUCAUUUUCACAUGGAAGUACCUUGACUAAACACAAACACAUUCAUACAGGUGAGAAACCAUUUAAUUGUGAUAUUUGUGGUAAAUCCUUCUCUGUAUGUAGUUAUUUAACUAACCACAAACGUGUACAUACAGGUGAGAAACCUUAUCAUUGCGACAUCUGUGGUAAUUUAUUCUCAGCAAGUAGUGACUUAUCUAAACACAAACGUAUUCAUACAGGUGAGAAACCAUAUCAUUGUGAUGUCUGUGGUAAAUCAUUUUCUCAUGGUAAUACCUUAACGAGACACAAAUAUAUUCAUACAGGUGGAAAGCCAUAUCACUGUGAUACCUGUGAUAAAUCGUUCUCUACAAGUAGUGACUUAACUUACCACAAACGCAUUCAUACAGGUGAGAAACCAUUUAAUUGUGAUAUCUGUGGGUUAUCAUUUUCUUUAAAUCGUGAAUUAACCAGACAUAGGAGUCUUCAUACAGGUGUGAAACCAUAUCACUGUGAUAUUUGUGGUAAGUCAUUCUCUGGAACUUGCGACUUAACUCGACACAAAAGCGUUCACACAGGAGAGAAACCGUAUCACUGUGAUAUCUGCAGUAAAUCAUUCUCUCUAAAUGGUGUUUUGACUAGACACAAACGUAUUCAUACAGGUGAAAAGCCAUAUCGCUGUGACGUCUGUGGUAAAUCAUUCUCUGAUAGAAAUACCUUAACUAUACACAAGCGGAUUCAUUCAGGAGAGAAACCAUAUCACUGUGCUGUGUGUGAUAUAUCGUUCUCUCAAAAUAUUCACUUAACUACUCACAAACGUGUUCAUACUGGGGAGAAACCAUACCAAUGUCAGAUCUGUGGUAAAUCAUUCAAGGAAGUGGGUACCUUAACUAAGCACAAACGUAUUCAUACUGGGGAAAAACCAUACCACUGUGAUAUCUGCGGUAAAUCAUUCUCUCAAACUAUUCAGUUAAGGACACACAACAGAUGUAGUCAUGAAGAAGAGCAGGCAUAUUGCUGUAAUGUCUGCGGUAAAUCUUUCUCUAUGAAAAGUAACUUAACCGCUCACAAACGCAUUCAUACAGGGGAGAAACCUUACCAGUGUGAUAUCUGUGGUAAAUUUUUCUCUCAAGCAGGUCAGUUAACGAGACACAGACACGCGCAUACAGGAGAGAGACGAUAUCAUUGCGAUACCUGUGGUAAAUCAUUCUCUGACAAGUGUAAGUUGAACGAACAUAUCCAUAUCCAUACAGGGGAGAAACCAUACCAAUGUGAUAUCUGUGGUAAAUCAUUCUCUCAAUCAGGUCACUUGACCACUCACAAACACACACACACAGGAGAGAAACCAUAUCGCUGUGAUAUCUGUGGUAAAUCAUUUUCGCAAACAUCGCAUUUAACUAUCCAUAAACGUAUGCAUUCCGGUGAUAAACCUUACCAGUGUGAUAUCUGUGGUAAAUCAUUCUCCCAAAAUAGUGAUGUAACCAAGCACAAAUACAUUCACACAGGAGAAAAACCAUAUCAGUGUGAUAUCUGUGGUGAAUCAUUCACUAGAUAUAGCACCUUGACUACUCACAAAUACAGUCAUACAGGAGAGAGACCUUAUCAGUGUGAUAUCUGUGGUAAAUCAUUUUCUCAAAACAGUGUUUUGACUAAACACAAAUAUGUUCAUUCCGGAGAGAAACCAUAUCACUGCAUGGUCUGUGGAAAAUCAUUUUCUCAAAGUGGUGCUUUGUCUAAGCACAAGCGUAUUCACUCCAGAGACAAACCAUAUCACAUUAAUAUGUAUGGCAAAUCAUUCUCUGCAGCGAAUGACUCAUAUCUGUAUAAAGAUACAUUUCCUGAAUUACUCCAUUCGGCAUUCCCGAAGCCUGAAGUAGUUGAGGUCCCUUAGCAUGGGACCGAAUCAAACAGUUAUAAAUACUAUGUGUAGUUCCUACUGUGUUAAGGGCCUUUUUCUUUUGUCUUUCCAUUCAAGCAUGUGUGUGUAUGUCUGUCUGUAUACAAACACACACUCUCUCUAUCUGCUCAGUCAAAGUCGAC